AGAAAGCUUUACAAGGUUGUUGACACGAAGCCCAAGUUUGUAGUCACGUGGGUGUUCGGCUUACCUUCUCGUUGCGUCAAGUCUGGGGAAGGCGCCAGUGGCACUUCGUUCGUUUUGGCGCAGCCUCAUAAACACUCCGGACUUCCACGUACUGGUAGAUUGCCCCGAUACGAUACCGCAAACACAAACGCAUUUUCAUCAGUUGGUGAAUCGGCGCAUGUCUGUCACCAUCGGGGUCAUGCUGGCCCUGAGGGUGCCUACAUAAAACAGCAGUGCGCCAUCGCAAGACCGGCAACACACCCUAAGAACACUCUCCCCAGGUCGCCGCAGAUAUGGUAUCAGCAUCCAGCUUUGUGGGCGCCUCCGGCUACAGAUUCGGCAAAGGCGAUCAAAAACUCGGGAAGGUCAAAUUAAAGACACUGUCUGGCAAAGAUGGCGUAUCUUCCUCCCAAGCCCCGUCCCCCGUCCUGCCAAAAUUCGACGACGAGACUAUGGCCAACUUCCCGAACGGCAAGCAAGAACCUCUCGAUACUCUGAUAUGCAAGCACUGCAAGAAGGUGGUCCUGAAGCGAACCGCGAAAGAGCACGUCGCAUUAUGCUUGAAAUCCAAACAAGAAAAGGCUCGCAAAAAGAAGGAGGCUCGAGAGGCAGCCCAAAGGGCCAAAGAACGAGCCGAACGGGCCGACGAAGAGGAUGAUGAUGACGACGAUGUCAAGGACGCCAACAGAAAGAGCGCUCUGAAUGGAGAAGGCGAUGACAAGAAGAAUAAAAAGCGUAAAAAUGACGUUGAGGAUGACAAGGAACCGAAAAAGAAGAAGAAAAAGGAAGAGCAGAAACCCAAGGCGCCGAAGCCCAAGGGUCCAGUGGACGUAGAGAAACAGUGCGGUGUUGCUCUUUCAAAUGGCGCCCAAUGCGCCAGGAGUUUGACUUGCAAAUCUCACAGCAUGGGUGCAAAACGUGCAGUGCCUGGCAGAAGUCUACCAUAUGAUAUGUUGCUUGCUGCAUAUCAGAAGAAGAACCAAGCACGGCAGCAAAAAGCGGCAAUCGAUGCCAAUGCUCCAGCUCUCCUCGAGGAAGACCUUGAUCCGGCUCUCGCAGGACCUGUCGAUUCUGACGAAGAACGAGACGCCAUCAUGACCGCCAUAUCUCGGGGUCUUGCUCGUCCUCAACCCCUUGUCACGCACACUCUGUUUCCAACGAAACGAAAGUAUCAACUCGUCCGAAUGAAGGAGAUGUUGUCCAAUGCUAUGAGUGGCAACAGAAGCGGCGGCUUGUUCAGUGUACCGGCAGAGACCGCCAGAAGCGCAAUGCCUCCAUCUUCCACCAAUGACGUUUUUCCCAUACCUGCUUCACCAGCACCAACAGGCGUUGGUAUGGCACAGCCAGGCUUGAAAGCGAUGCCGAGAAAGGCAUCCAUCGACGUAACCUAGGAGGACUCGGAAGAGACCGAGGACGACGAGGAAACG